GACUGAGCAUGCAAUGAGAUGUUUUUCUGGAGGUCAAAGAGGUGGAUCAUCUUUUCAAGUCUGCACUGAACCGCCUGAGCUUUUUGCCGCCUGCAAGUUUGCCUUAAAGUGAAUUCGCUUUCUGUGUUUACCAGUUGAAGUAUUUUUAUAUUCUGAGGAAGAAAAAAAAAAUGUCAAAAUGUCUUCAUGUCAUGAAUCCUGCAAAUGAAGAAAAAGCUUUAAUACCUGUCUGAAAUAAAAAAAAUGGUAUGUCAUUGCCUAAGUGCAGCAGUUAAAUGUUGUGAUUUCUGUGCGUAAAGGUGUUACACCUUUGUGUCGCUAAGUGGAAAUUUCCACCCAAAUAACAGGGAGUUUGAAGUCCCAAACAUGCCAACCAGCAGUUUGAGAUGUGAUUAUGACAACAAAGAAUAACAAACAUCCUCGGGCAGGCAGCACAAGCAGACCUCAGGCAUGGACUUUAACGGCACUUGGAAAGUUUAUUAUGAAGAAAACGUUGAGGAUUUCUUGAGAGUGAUAGGUGCACCUGCGAUCGCAGUGAAAAUGCGGAAGGACAACAAGCCGGUGAUCGUGAUCGAGCAGGAGGGCGAAGACUUCACCUGCACGAUAAAGACUCCCGUCAUCACCAAAGUCCACUCGUUCACCAUCGGGAAGGAGACGGAGAUGACGGCAGUGGACGGCAGGAAGUUUAAGUGCACCGUCAGAGAGGAGGAUGGGAAGAUGAUCACUGAGACGGAGAAGUUCACCUCUGUCCGAGAGAUCAUCGGUGAUGAGAUGAUUGAGACCAUGACUGCCGGCUCGGUGACUUUCAUCAGCAAAAGCAAACGUGUCUGAUCGACUUCCAACUCAAAAUAACAUUAUUAUUAAGUCUUCAUACAAGAAUAAAUUCAUUUGAAUGAACAACA